AUGUCCUAUUUUCUUUGCUUACUUUCUUUAUUUCUUAGUCUCCCCUUUAGUUUUGUUACAUUUUCUUUCUUUCUUUUUUGUCUCCCCUUUAGUUUCUUUUCUUUUUUUGUUUUCCCUUUAGUUUCUCUGUUUGAUUUCUUUCUUUAUUUCAUGGUUUCCUAUUUAGUUUCUUUUUUGGUCUCCCCCUUCAGUUUCUUUUCUUUCUUUCUUUCUUUUUUGGUCUCCCCCUUCAGUUUCUUUUCUUUCUUUCUUUCUUUUUUGUUUCUUUUCUUUCUUUCUUUCUUUUUUGAUCUCCCCUUCAGUUUCUUUUCUUUCUUUCUUUCUUUUUUGAUCUCCCCUUCAGUUUCUUUUCUUUCUUUUUUUUUUGGUCUCCCCCUUCAGUUUCUUUUCUUUCUUUUUUUUUUGGUCUCCCCCUUCAGUUUCUUUUCUCUCUUUCUUUUUUGGUCUCCCCCUUCAGUUUCUUUUCUCACUUUCUUUUUUGGUCUCCCCCUUCAGUUUCUUUUCUCUCUUUCUUUUUUGGUCUCCGCUUCAGUUUCUCUGUUUUCUUUAACUUUCUUUUUUGGGUUAAUUUUGAAAAUGAGAAUCUGUGGGCAAGGAGUAAGCAUUUCCACAGUCAGGCUUUUCUUGGCCAGUUGA